AAAGUUAACGUGAGAUUUAUCUAAAAUAAAUACUGUACUUUCUUCGGAAAUUGAUUAGUCAAAACAGUGAAAAAUGGAUCCAAACCUGCAUCACACGCCAUUGCAUUGGGGCUACACAUCCACCCCCACGCAGAAUCAUUGGACGCCACCCCAAACUCGCUCAAUGAAACGUGCUCUAUCGGAGAGUGAUUGCGAGGAGCUUUAUUCGGAAGAAUCAUCCAAGGAACACGUAUCACCCGGUGAAUCAGAUAGUUGUCAACUACUAAGUCGCAAGAAAAGACGCGGAGUAAUCGAGAAAAAGCGUCGAGAUCGGAUCAAUUCAUCCCUCUCAGAAUUGAAACGUUUAGUUCCGUCUGCCUACGAGAAACAAGGUUCAGCUAAGCUAGAAAAAGCGGAAAUUCUACAGUUAACAGUGGAACACUUAAAAAACCUCCACGCUAAAGGACUCGAUUCAAUGGCAUACGAUCCACAACGUUUCGCAAUGGAUUACCACAUAAUUGGUUUCCGCGAAUGUGCUUCAGAGGUGGCUCGCUAUCUCGUUACAAUUGAGGGAAUGGACAUCCAGGACCCCUUACGGCUUCGCCUCAUGUCCCACCUACAGUACUUUGUACAGCAACGUGAAUUAUCAGCAAAGGCAUGUUCGAGUCCAAAUUGGUCAUCGACUUCAUACCAACCAAAUUGCCCGCCACCCACAUAUCAAGCAUAUCCAAGCCAAACGCCAACUAGUUCCAAUACAUACAUUCCAAACCUGCCACCGCCAAUACAGCCUAUUCAACCGACAUAUCAUCCCUCGCUUGGUGGCUCAGCGGCAUCGAUGCACCCUCACGGUAUCGCCCAUAGUUCAAGGACUUCAGCCUCGACCUCAGCUACUGAAACUUCGAGUUUAAUGUCCGGCCAGCUCCAACCGCAUCUGCAGCAACAGCAUCCGCAGCAACAAGUCGCCGGAAGCGCGACACAACAACUAUCGCCCGGUCAUGAUCCGCGUCACCAGCAGCAACGUCCACAACAAUCGCAACAGCAACCAGCACCCACCCAGCAUUAUCCUUCGGAGCAUGACCACCCACACCAUGACCACCAGUCGACAAGGACCUACAUCGAUUUGACCGCGAGUGACCAUCCCAGCCAGCAGCAGCAGCAAUCGGCUAUCGCCGCUGGUUACGGAGCCAGUUCGCAGUACCACACUCCCUCCGUUUCGCAAGGAUACAAUCCAUCGGAUAAUGUCAAUUAUAACACUAAUGGAGCAAAGCCGUAUAGACCUUGGGGUGCUGAGAUGGCGUACUAAUGCUGCAUGCUUCAGUAUUGAAUGUAGUCAACUAUGGCCGAGUGGUUUGGAAUGGUUAAUGGACGUAGCUCGUUACUCUGUAUGCUGAGGAAAUAAUCAGCGAUAAUUGUAUGAUACAAAUUCCAUUCUGUCGCUAAUGUAAUCAUUUUUGAGUAUCCAAUAACAAUCAUCCCCAUUGACUUUUAGGUUGAUUGCUUAAUUAGCCUGUCGUCGAACUUAACUAGCAUGAAAUAAUUUGAAACUUCAUUCAAUCUGGAUAUGGGAAGCCUGGAGCCACAAUUAAACAAAAUUAAAUGACCAAUCACAUGGAAUUGAUUAAUUUGAAGUUGAAAUGGUACAGGAAACCUGCCAUUCCCUGAUUAUAAUAAAGUUAAUUACCAACCCUUUCAAUGGAAAGAAUUCCACAAUAUCUUAAAUUAGCAACAGAAAUACAAUACGAUUGAAAGGAUACCUAAAUACCAAAAAACCUAAAGAAAAAAUCUAGUCCCACGAAGCAAAGAUGUCAACUAUUUAUUUUAAAAUAUUAGCAAACCCAAAUCCACUAGUCUUAUGUAUAUCAUUUAUUUAUAUUUUCCAAAUUAUCAAUUUUUUUUUGCUCCUUUGUUGUAAAUAGAGGAUACACUCAAGGCAAACCUUAGAUGUAUGCAUGUAAAAAAUGAACGUGAUAACUACAAUUUAUUUAUAUAAUUUAUAAUUUCUCUGUAAGAUGCAAAUGAGAAAAAUAGAUGUAUCUACAUUAUUUAUAGUAAUUUAUUAAAGAUUAACUGCACAAUAUAAAGAUCUGCGAAAGCAGGAGUAAGGACGUGUUUCAGGGAACGAAACUAUAUAAUUUAUAGAGAAUAUUUAUUGCACAAUGAAUUGAAAUAAUAAUUCAACGAAAAAGCUAAAAAGAUACGUAUUUUGAUAAAAAUAAGUGAAAGAGAGAACCAUGUAUAUUUU